GAUUCUAACCCCUCAAAAGACAAAACCCAAUUUUUUUAGGAUUUGUGUCCUUUCCCCCUUAAUGAUCUGAUCACUUUUUUUUCGGUUUGAUCGCAAUGUCGGAUGAUGUGUUGUUACAUUUCUCUUCUAAUUCCUCAAACCAAUCGGACCAUUCUUUACCCACCAAGAUUGCGAAGCUCGAAGCUCGCUUGGUAGGGAAGGCCUCUUCAUCCAUUGCUUCUCAGCAACCGUCACAAACCCAGCAGCAACAGCAACAGCUGCCUUGGCCUCCUCUAUCAUCAGCUUCGAAAUUCUUUUCUACUGAGAACUUGUCGGAGGCUUCUGGUUCAAGUGAUUCCGAUGGAGAAUGGAGGUGAGUUUUUAAUACAAGCCAACACACAGAAGCGCCAAAAA